GCUGCCUUAAUUAAAAACUCCAUGCCCCCUACCCGGAAAAAAAAAAAAAAACUUUCUGAAUCGCGGUCGCGGCGGAGUGCCUUCCCAUCUAUGAUCUACCACACCAGGACGCCAGACAUUAAAGGAGCUUCACAGGAGCUGAGUCUAAGUCUGAGAGGUCAACAUGCUUGAUUAUGUGAAAUGCAACUGUGAGAAAGCACUUAGGUUGCAUAAGCAAGUUGAAGAUCUUAUUCGGAUUGAUAAUAAGUCUCGAUUUGUUUCGUUGGUUAGAAGGGUGUUGGAAAAGAAGAAUUCUGUGACUAACGAAAAUGUACUUGACUCAAAGGAUGUGCUGAUGUGGAUAUGUUCCCACCAAGCAUUAGCUUGUGCCACGGCAUUGCUGGAAGGAAAGACGGGACUAUCUGUGGAUCUUAAUGUGACGCUCAAAUGUGGGUUUUACCCAUUGCACUAUGCAGCUGAAAAUUUAUGUUGCGGCCUUACAGAUGUUUUUCUGAAGCAUGGAGCUUUAACUUCCCUUCCUUGCAGCGUUCAUGGGUCAAGAUAUAGUGGAAAGCUCCCUCUAAGUGUGGCACUUGAGGCAAUAGGCUGUCAUCCAUUCCUGCGUGAUUGGAGUCCCAAUAAAUCGAUCUUCAAGCUAAUUUAUAUUUUUUGCCUGCCGGAAAUGGCAGAGCCAUUGGAGACCUUAAAACUGCUGGCCUUGCAUACUGAAGAGUUGCAGGUGAUAAGUUCCUCAAAUGUUCAUGAGGGGAGACUUGUUCAGCUUGUUGCUCUAUUGUUGGUUGCUAGGGAAAAAUUACUUGCUCCGGCUAUUGAUAACAGUGUUGAUGGAUCCUUUAUUGGGCAGUGCAUCCUAAAAGAAUUAGCUUUAUUACUUGAUCAAGAGGUUAAGUUAAUGGGUACUGCCCAUAAUGAGGAGUUGAACAGGUGCAGGCAAAUGAAAGAUGCAAUACGUUCUAUGGGAUUGAUGCUUAAUGUUUUUGAUAAGGCUGGCGGUCCCAUUGAUAGAUUUCGCUACUUCAUUGCACUUGGGAAUGAUAUACCACCACACAUCGUUGUACGAAAUGUGAUUUGUUUGCUCAAAGAUUUGGGGUUUGCUUUGAAGACGGAGGACAUUGAUGUGUCUGAUAUAAGUUGGCAAUGUGGCGGAACAAGCAUGGUGACCAGAUUGAACCUCCAGGAAUCAGCAAGACUCAGCAUGGCUCUUGACAAUAUACUGCAGCCCAAGUCAAGCUGGUCUGAGUUCAAUCAGAACUCCGUAAAUGGUGAUGGGGGACAGCGGCAGAUUCAAAUGAAUUCCCCGUUCCCUGCUGGAAUUUCGGUUUCUUCGUUGAAAUCAUUCCAUACGUGUCUAGGAUUCAUGCCCAGGCCUGCGCCUGUGCCAGCGCCACCAAGGGGAACUCAGAAAAUAAUCAGAGGAAUGCAACCUGGGUCCAGGCUUUGUUGGGCUACUCAUUGGGCCUUUCGUGCCCUUACUAUCAAGAGAAGGAUUUCAUGAUACCUAGCUAUCUACCUAGUUUGACCGUGGAACACUAACGCCUCAUUGAGUAUUACCCACUGUUGAAGUGUCGAUUAACAUCUAGUGUGUUUGGACAGGAGAUUAUUUAUCCAAAUUUAUUUGCUUA